AUGUACACGGCAGAAGGCGAGUUCAUCCCACACGUGUCUGCAUACGCGGACGAGGCGGCUAUCACGGAGGAGGGGUGCCGGGUUGCAGUGAACGCGUAUGUGGAAGAGCAGUUGGCGCAGGCUCCGCCACCGCUGAACCUGUCUGCGGUCUUGCAGCCGCUCAUUCAGCCGCUGCUGUUCUUCCUGCACAUUCCGCGCACGGGAGGAAGAACGUACCACAUGUGUUUUCUGAAGCCAUUGUACCCACUCAGCCUGCGCUGCCCUCGCUCUUAUGACACCCUUCGACUCGACCCCUCCAACCCGGAAUGCCGGCUCCUCUCGACCCACAACGACUACUCGCUCAUGUCGCGCCUGCCGGUGCACAACACGAGCAUCAUCACCAACAUCCGCGACCCCGUGGACCGCCUCCUCAGCUCCUACGAGUUCACCAUCGAGACCGCCUCGCGCUCCCUACGCUGGCUGCCGGGGCUCAACCCCGGGCAGAACCUGCUCAAGGUCCGCAGGAGGCAGAGGCAGAGCGUGUCCAGGACUCGCAAGGCGGAGACGAGGCGGGUGUGGCCGUGGAGCAUGCUUAUUCCGCUUAUGGAGGAUGACCUGUGGCUGCGGCGAUCUACGGUGGAGAUUCCCGCGGACCCCCCCGGCAGCGAGGGGUGGAACUCGUAUGAGAAGGGGCACCUGGUGAUGCCUCUGGACGAGUUCGUGCAGCACCCUGCUGUCUCGGACCUGCUGCACAACGGCGCCACGUUCCAGGUGGCGGGCAUGACGCAGAACUCCCUGCUGCCCAACGCCUGCAUGCUGCGGCGCUGCGCACACGCGUACAGGGACUCGGGCGAGCGCAUUCUGGACCUCGCCAAGGCGCGGCUAGCAGCAAUGCUGCACGUGGGGCUGUCAGAGGUGCAUGAGCAGUCGGCGGUGCUCUUUGCCGCCACCAUCGGUCGCUCCAUGCACUCUGCUGCUCACACCGCUCAGAAGCAGUCCCGGUUCGCACUCUCCCUGUGGCAGAACUACAAGCGCUGUGUGAAGAUGCAGCAGGACAAGUACAAGGUCCGCCGAUCCAUGGCCAUUGCCCUGCUUGGACCAGUCAGCUUCUCCAAAGAGGAGCGGAUGAGCAUCAAGAGCAGCACCUUGGCGCGCAUUCGAGAGCUAAACUACCUGGAUGUGGAGCUCUUGGACUAUGCUCGCCAGCUGUACCAGCUGCACCAGGCUGCAUUUGCAGAGCAGAUUAAGGCUGUGAUGGGGCAGGCGAACAGGCGAAGACUGAUUGGAUCAAGAGGAGCAGCACCCAUGGGAACAGAGAGGGGGGUGGGAUCCGGUGGGGAUUCUGUGGGCAUGUCGGAGCAGGGGUUUGACCCUGCUUGGCUGAGGCAGCAGGCUCGCAGCAACCGUGUUUUUCGAGAGGAAGCUUCUGAAGAUUCGUUUGCUGCUGUGAGGAGAGAGGGAAGUGAGGAGGAGAGGAGUGGGGAAGGUGGAGGGGCGGAUCGGAACUGGGAUGAAGAGGGGGAGGAGAGGGAGGAGAGGGAAGAGGGAGAGGAGGGAGAGGAGGGAGAGGAGGGAGAAGAAGGAGAGAAGGCUGAAAGGAGUACGGUGAGAGAGGGAGGGGAGGAUCAGGAUGGUGAUUUCGCGGAUUUUGGGAUUGAAGAGAGGGAGGAGAGGGACGAGGAGAGAGCGGAAGGGAUUGAGAAGAGUGAGGAGAGUGAGGAGAGGGAGGAGAGGGAGGAGAGGGAGGAGAGGGAAGAGAGAGAGACCGGGAGAGAAGGCGGGGAGGAUCAGGAGCGAGAGAUGGAUUUGGACGAGAGUGAAGAGGCGGCUUUGGGGGAUAAGGGCCAGCUGGGGAACGAUAAUGCCGGUGGUGAAUACAUGGAGGUUCAGCAAGCAGGGUUGGAUGAGGAGGGCCUUUCGCUGGGUACUCUUAUCGCUCGCAAUGAUGGUGAUGAUGCGAUGAGACUUUCUGUGGAUGCUGACUUGAGGCAAGUGGAGGGGUUUGUCGUGCCAAACCUUGUGAAGAGCUCAAGCCGUUGCCGCCAAUGGGCGGCAGUCCACGGAGGUGAGAAGGGUGCAGUUACGUGUGUUUCGAGUUGA